GCCGUUUAUUAAAUAUGUCAUUAAAUAGCGUUUCAAUUUUAAUUUUAUUUUUUAUUUAUAUUAAUGUAAUAUUUAGAAAAAAUGUUAAUUGUAUUAAGGACAACGAAAUUCAUAUAAAAUAUCAACCAAAAUGGGAAAGUUUAGAUAAACGUCCAUUACCACAUUGGUAUAGUGAUGCAAAAAUUGGUAUAAUUAUACAUUGGGGAAUAUAUUCGGUACCAAGUCUUGGCGGAGAAUGGUUUUGGAUUUAUUUAAAAGAAAAUCGAACAGAUCAUAUUGAAUUCAUGGAAAAAAAUUAUAAACCAAAUUUUAGUUAUCAAGAUUUUGCUAAAGAUUUUACUGCUGAAUCAUUUAAUGCUACCGAAUGGUCUUUACUUUUUCAACAAAGUGGUGCUAAAUAUGUUGUUUUAACAAGUAAACAUCAUGAUGGUUAUACUUUGUGGCCGUCUAGCAGGGCUUUUAAUUGGAAUUCAGUUGAUAUUGGUCCAAAUUUGGAUAUAAUAGGUGAACUUUCUGCGGCAAUAAGAAAAAAUACAAAAUUAAAAUUUGGUGUUUAUUAUUCACUUUUUGAAUGGUUUAAUCGUAUGUACAUUAAUGAUAAAAUUCUUUUAUUUGGACAAAAAAAUUAUGUUAAAACAAAAGUUCUACCAGAAUUACAUGAAUUAAUAGAUCAUUAUAAACCAGAAAUUUUAUGGUCAGAUGGUGACUGGGAGGCAUUCCCAGAUUACUGGAAUUCAGAAGAAUUUUUAGCAUGGCUCUAUAAUGAUAGUCCUGUAAAAGAUACUGUUGUAACAAAUGAUAGAUGGGGAAUAGGUACUCAUUGUAAACAUGGUGAUUUUUAUACUUGUGAAGAUCGUUAUAAUCCAGGUAUACUUCAAACACAUAAAUGGGAAAAUGCAUUUACAUUAGAUAAAAAUAGUUGGGGUGAAAGAACUGUAUCAAAUCUAGAUGAUUAUAUGACUUCUGAAGAAAUUAUUAAAGAAAUUGUUACUACUAUAAGUUGCAAUGGAAAUGUUCUUAUUAAUGUUGGUCCUACAAAAUAUGGAACAAUUAAACCAAUUUUUCAAGAGAGAUUACGUGAUAUGGGUUCAUGGCUUAAAAUAAAUGGUGAAGCUAUUUAUUCUAGUAAAUUUUGGAUAUAUCAAAAUGACACAUUAUCUUCAAAUGUUUGGUAUACAAUGAAACAAUAUCCAAAAUCAGAUAACAGAACAAUUAUUUAUGCAAUGAUAUUAAAUUAUCCUUUUGAUACAAAUUCAAUAGAAUUAGGUGCAUUGCAUAAUAAAAUAGAUGAUAAUACAAUGAUUAAAGUUCUUGGAUUACCUGAUGAUUUUGAGUUAGAGUGGGAAAUUCUGGAAAAAUCUUUACUGGUAAAAUUUCCUCCAAAAUCAUUUUUAGAUAAAAAUCAAUUAAAAUAUGCUUAUACAUUAAAAAUUGAUAUUCCUAAAUAUUAAGAUGGCACUUUUAAUAAAAUUGAAUUUGAA